CAUGGCCACAGCAAAGUUUAAGCUAAUCUCCUGGACACACUGACAUUAUAGUAGUUAAGGGAAAAACAUCACCAGAAUGAAUCUGCAUCACUUUCACCUGGCAAAAUGUGGAUUUUGCGCACUGAUCUUGCUCGUGCUGAUGUAUCAGGUAUCCUCUGCGCCAUUAGUGACUUCUGAGGUGCGAUCAGAUCUUCAGUCAUCACAUAUCCUGCACCGCAAGAUACGAAUGUCCCCUUUGUGGCGAAUUAUGGGGUUCAAACCAUACGGAGCGUACUGCCAUGACAGCAUAGAGUGCACUACUGGAUUAUGCAGGAAUGGUCAUUGUUCUUUUAAUGAGCCUGUUCAUUCAUAGCGGAGUGGAAGACUGAAACAUAUUCAUGUAUGAGUCAACCGACAUACUAUUUUAUGGCCAUAUUUUGUGUGUAUGUUGCAAGCACUUUAAUUUUUGAACUGUGGUCUAUGUAGCACAAAUACUUACUGUUAAGAGCGUGCGGAGAAGUCUGACUUGAAAAGUUACAUUGGUUUCACUUUAGAUGUUUUAUGUUCUAAGCAUUUAAUAACCUUAUUUAGUGGUCAUUAACAUAUUUGACUUGGCCCAAACUUUUUUUUUACAAUACAAUACUGUAAGCAUUUUAAUUAAAAAACUAGAGCUGAGCAUGAGUAAUUUGAAGACCAUUUUAAGAGCUAUAUGUGUAUAAAUAAUUGUAUUCAUGCGAUAUUUGAUAAAGUACUGUAUUUGAUAAGCUAUGAGAAGGCCUGUGUAGUAUCGACCCUAUAGGCACAGUGCCGGUAAGAGAACGUGCACAGUUGCACACAUCUUUCUCAGGAUGGUCUGAGUCGUCUGAAUCCAUCUAAUGACAAAGGCCCCUAAAGUUAGUGAGAGGAGUAUUUGCACAAGAAUGUACUGUAACAAACUGAUGUCAUUGUACUGUGAACGACCUCCACAUGUACCAAGAUUGCAUGUCCUUCUCUGACAUGAAAGAGCAAAGUUUAUGUUUGUCAAAUAAAACACUAAAAAUAC